CUUCCACUGGGCCCACGAGAUGGGUGCUCCUCCGGGCGCCCCCUCCCCUGGCAGGGCCCGAGGACCCUGCGGCUGCGCAAGAAUGUCCAGGAUGGCUUUGGUUUCACCCUGCGCCACUUCAUCGUGUACCCGCCCGAGUCAGCCGUGCACUGCAGCCUGAAGCUCUUCGAGUCAGAGUCCCAGAACUCCUCAGGCCGGCACAGGAUCACCAGCCAAGGGACAGAGUCCCCGAAAGCAAAGAGCGUCGAGGACAGGAGGGUGUCCAGGCAGCAUACUGGGCUCCAGACGAGACAUAUUUCUAUUAGAGCCAAUGAACCCCUCUUUCUCCUUCUCUCAUGGCUGGGAUUCUUGCUUAGGGACCUUGACCCCACCUGUCACACCACCCAAAAUUUAGGUUUCUUUGUAUGUCUCUGCACCUGUGCAGAAGUGUGCGCGCGCGCGUGUGUGUGUGUGUGUGUGUGUGUGUGUGUGUGUGUGUGUGUCCAUGUCUGUCAUGUGCUUUGUGGCUUUCACAGGCGUAUGAAUCUUUGAUCUCAGGAUCGUCACUGUCAUUGGCUGUGGCUGUGCCUAAGCAUGGAAGUGUGGCAUCAUGACUAAGGAUGCCAGCGAGCCCCUUCCCUCCUGACAGCCCUGGUCCUUCCUUUCCUUCUUUCUAGUUCCUGCCACCUUUUCUCAGGACACUGUGGAGGAGUGGAGUGACAGGGGCUGUGGUCUAGCGGAGGACUCUUCAUCUCAUGGGUCACUGGCCAACUCUGGGCAAGACAAGCCAGGGUUGCUUUCUCCCUUUCUAGAACCUGCCGCAGUCUGGGAGAAGCUCCUGUCCUAAGGCAGGAGAAGGCCAGAGUUCUCUGCCUGGGAGCCUGCGGUGAGCUUAGCCGUCCAAAUGCAUCUGUCUGUCCCUGCCACCCGCUGUCCGUGCUGUCAGCUCACAUUAGUGGGCAUGCACCUCCCACGGGAAACGGCAGAGGGCCAGGUUUCAACAGCACUCAGCAACCUCCCUGGCCCACCCUGGCUGGGCUGGACUGCCAGAGGAAGAGAAUGGAGGCCGAGGCCGAGGAGGAGGACCCUCCCCCCGGCACCGCCUGGAGCCCAUGGACACCAUCUUUGUGAAGAAUGUGAAGGAUGGUGGCCCGGCCCAUAGGGCGGGGCUCCGCACAGGAGACCGGCUGGUGAAGGUGAAUGGGGAGAGCGUCAUCGGGAAGUCCUACUCCCAGGUCAUAGGCCUGAUCCAGAACAGUGAUGACACCCUGGAACUUUCCAUCAUGCCCAAGGAUGAGGACAUCCUCCAGCUGGCCUACUCCCAGGAUGCCUACCUGAAGGGCAACGAGCCGUAUUCUGGAGAGGCCCGAAGCAUCCCAGAACCACCUCCACUCUGCUACCCACGGAAGACCUAUGCCCCGCCAACCCGGGCCCCUGCCUGGGCCACUAUGGUGCCUGAGCCCAUCCCAGCACUACCCACGGAGUCGCGGAGUCCUGCUGCCUGGAGUGACCCAGGGUCCCGUGUCCCAUCUGCCACCCGUGCCCACCUGGACAACUCUUCGUUGGGGAUGAGCCAGCCCCGCCCCAGCCCUGGUGCCUUUCCCCACCUCCCUUCAGAGUCCCGGACGCCCCGUGCCUUCCCAGAGCCUGGCAGCCGGGUGCUUCCCAGCAGACUGGAGUGCCAGCAGGCUCUGUCACACUGGAUGUCAAAUCAGAUACCCCGCAGGGCGGGGGAGAGACGGUGCCCCGCCAUGCCACCUCGGGCCCGUAGUGCCUCCCAGGACCGGUUGGAGGAUGUGACUACCCACCACCCAUGGCCCUGCUCCACCUCCCAGGAUGCCUUGAGCCAGCUGGGCCAGGAGGGUUGGCACCGAGCUCGCUCAGAUGACUACCUGAGCAGGGCUACCCGCUCUGCUGAAGCACUGGGGCCAGGAGCGCUGGUGUCACCUCGCCUUGAACGCUGUGGUUGGGCUUCCCAGCGUUCAUCUGCCCGCACCUCUGCUUGCCCUUCUCGGGACCUGCCAGGGUCCCAGGCCCCUCCCCCAUCGGGCCUGCAGGGCCUGGAUGACAUCGGGUACAUUGGCUAUCGGAGCUAUAGCCCAUCAUUCCAGCGCCGAACUGGUCUCCUGCACGCGCCCUCCUUCCGGGACUCACCUUUUGGGGGACUUCCCACCUUCAUCUUGGCACAGUCUCCUGCAUCAUUCCCACCCGAGGCCUCCGAACCACCUAGGGUCGUCCGGCCAGAUCCUAGCACGCGAGCCCCAGAGCCUCCUGCAGAGGAUCACCGUGACGAGGUGGUCCUGAGGCAGAAGCCUCCGACGGGUCGCAAGGUCCAGCUAACCCCUGCAAGGCAGAUGAACCUUGGAUUUGGUGAUGAGUCCCCAGAACCAGAGGCCAGAGGGGAACGCCCAGGCAGGAAGGUGGCUCCUUUGGCCACUCCGGAAGACUCUCUGGCUUCUAUCCCCUUCAUUGAUGAGCCCACCAGCCCCAGCAUUGACCUCCAGGCCAAGCAUGUCCCUGCCUCCGCAGUGGUCUCCAGUGCCAUGAACUCAGCCCCUGUCCUGGGCACAAGCCCAUCCUCACCAACCUUCACCUUUGCCCUCAGCCGCCAUUACUCCCAGGAUUGCAGCAGCAUCAAGGCAGGCCGCCGUUCCUCCUACCUGCUGGCCAUCACCACGGAGCGCUCCAAGUCCUGUGAUGAUGGGCUCAACACCUUCCGGGAUGAGGGCCGAGUGCUCCGGCGCCUUCCCAACCGUGUGCCCAGCCUACGAAUGCUGAGGAGCUUCUUCACUGAUGGGUCUCUAGAUAGCUGGGGCACGUCUGAAGAUGCUGAUGCCCCCUCUAAGCGACACUCCACCUCUGACCUCUCAGAUGCAGCCUUCAGUGACAUCAAGAGAGAAGGCUGGUUGUCUUAUAAGCAGAUCCUCACCAAGAAGGGGAAGAAAGCGGGCGGCGGCCUGCGCCAGUGGAAGCGCGUCUAUGCCGUCCUGCGCGCGCGCUCGCUCUCGUUGAGCAAGGAGCGGCGGGAGCCCGGGCCGGCGGCUGCGGGGGCUGCGGCGGCCGGCGCAGGUGAGGACGAGGCGGCGCCCGUCUGCAUCGGCUCCUGCCUGGUGGACAUCUCCUACAGCGAGACCAAGAGGAGGCACGUGUUCCGGCUGACCACCGCUGACUUCUGUGAAUAUCUCUUUCAGGCUGAGGAUCGGGAUGACAUGCUGGGCUGGAUCAGAGCGAUCCGGGAGAACAGCAGGGCCGAGGGCGAGGACCCCGGCUGUGCCAACCAAGCUCUGAUCAGCAAGAAGCUUAAUGAUUAUCGCAAAGUGAGCCAUAGCUCUGCGCCCAAAGCUGAUUCCUCCCCUAAAGGCUCUCGGGGCCUGGGAGGCCUCAAGACUGAAUUCCUCAAGCAGACUGCAGUCCGUGGCCUCAGGACUCAGGACCAGGCUGCAGGAAGCAAGGAAGACAGUGUUGCAGCUCCCAAAACCCCCUGGGGUAUAAACAUUAUCAAGAAGAACAAGAAAGCUGCCCCGAGGGCAUUUGGGAUCCGGUUGGAGGAGUGCCAGCCUGCCACCGAGAACCAGCGUGUCCCCCUGAUCGUGGCUGCCUGCUGUCGUAUCGUGGAGGCCCGGGGCCUGGAAUCCACUGGCAUUUACCGGGUACCUGGCAACAAUGCUGUGGUGUCCAGCCUGCAGGAGCAGCUCAACCGUGGGCCCAGUGACAUCAACCUGCAGGAUGAGCGCUGGCAGGACCUCAAUGUGAUCAGCAGCCUGCUCAAGGCUUUCUUCCGAAAGCUGCCGGAGCCCCUCUUCACUGAUGACAAAUACAAUGACUUCAUCGAGGCCAAUCGGAUAGAAGAUUCCAGGGAGAGGAUGAAGACCCUUCGGAAGCUGAUCCGGGAUCUCCCAGGACACUACUAUGAAACGCUUAAAUUCCUCGUGAGCCAUCUCAAGACCAUUGCUGACCACUCAGAGAAAAACAAGAUGGAGCCCCGGAACCUGGCUCUGGUCUUUGGGCCAACGUUGGUGAGGACAUCUGAAGACAACAUGACAGACAUGGUCACCCACAUGCCGGACCGCUACAAGAUUGUGGAGACACUGAUCCAGCAUUCAGACUGGUUCUUCAGUGAUGACGAGGAGAAAGGAGAGAGAACCCCUGUUGAUGACAAGGAGCCACAGUCGGUGCCCAACAUUGAGUACCUGCUGCCCAACAUUGGCAGGACAGUGCCCCCCAGUGAUCCAGCCUCAGAUUCCACCACCUGUAGUUCAACCAAGUCCAAGGGUUCGUGGGUCCCCAAGAAAGAGCCGUACGCCCGGGAGAUGCUGGCGAUCUCCUUCAUCUCCGCAGUCAAUCGCAAACGGAAGAAGCGGCGGGAGGCGCGGGGCCUGGGCAGCGGCACCGACGAUGACUCCGAGCAGGAGGCGCACAGGGCCGCGGCGGCGUCGGCUGCGGCGGCGGGGACGCAGGAGCCACCCGAAGGGCCGCCGCCGGGCCCCACCACCGGGGAGACCCCCGGGCGCCUCAGCCCCCCGACGGCCGCCGACGAGCGGCCCGCGGCGGACACGCGCUCCAUCGUGUCGGGCUACUCCACCCUGUCCACCAUGGACCGCAGCGUGUGCUCGGGCGCGGGCGGGCGGCGCGCGGGCGCGGGCGACGAGGCGGACGACGAGCGCAGCGAGCUGAGCCACGCGGAGACGGACACGGAGGGCGGCGCGGGCCCGGGGGCGCGGCCGGCGCGCCGGCCGUCCUUCACCUCCCACCACCUCAUGCCGGGCGACACGCUGGCGCGCCGCCGCCUGGCCCGGGGCGCCGAGCCGCCGGGCUCCGCCUCGUCCAGCAGCCAGGAGUCGCUGCGGCCCCCGGCGGCCGCCCCGACGGCGCUCGGCGCCCGCCCGUCGCGCGUCGAAGCCCUGCGGCUGCGGCUCCGGGGCACCGCCGACGACAUGCUGGCCGUGCGGCUGCGGCGCCCGCUGUCGCCCGAGACGCGCCGGCGCCGGAGCAGCUGGCGCCGUCACACGGUGGUGCUGCAGAGCCCGCUCACCGACCUCAACUUCAACGAGUGGAAGGAGCUGGGCGGAGGGGGCGGCCCGGAGGCGGCGGGCGCGCGGCCCCGCGGCGACCACUGCAAGGACUCCGGCCUCAGCAGCCUGGAGUCCACCAAGGCCCGGGCCUCGUCCGCCGCCUCGCUGCCGUCGGGGGACCUGGGGGGCCUGCAGGGCCUGCCCCCGCGCCGCUCGGCCAUUGCCCGCCUCCACCAGUGUCUGUGACGCCCUUGCCCGUCCCGGCGCUGCUGCUGGUUCGUGUCCCCUCCCCCCCAGCACUGCCGAGGGCCGGGGCCGGGGCGGGAAGGGCGGUGCUGGUGCCGCCCACUGGGCUCAGCCGGAGUGGGCAGAGAAGUCCGAGCUGGAUGGAAGAGGGGAGGAGCCGCUGGGUUUGGUGCCCUUCUCUGUGAGUCCGCUUGGGGACCCUUGUUGACCGUGCGGUGUGGGUGGACAGCCCGGGUCUCAUGCUGAAAGCUACAGGCUGGAUUUUUGUCUCUGCCCUCCGCUGACCCCCAUUAGCUCCUAGCCAAGGAGGGGGAGGGUGGGUGUUUAGGGAGCAGAUGUGUAGGGUUGGGUGUCCACGGGAGAGGGAGGGGGUUUGUGUGUGUGUGUGUGAGUGUAGUCACUGUGCAAAGGUGUUUCCAGUAGCGAUUUCUGCCCCAACCCCUUCGUUCCCUCACUUAACCCCAAGCCAAGACCCUGCCUCGGGUGCACACAGGCACAUCCGCAGAGGCCGGACUGAACCCCACCGCUCUCACUCCACAUCCUUUGCCGCCCCCUAAGUCACUCCUCAAAGCUCUUUGACCCGGUGGACCUCCUUGCUCCCUUCUAUUGUAUCCCCCUUGGGGGAGGGGGAUUGUCCAGGAUUCCCCCUGCUUCCACGGUUUAACCUGCAGGUUUUCACCUUCAGUCAGGAAGAGCUGUCACACACUGAUUCACAGGGCCUCAGCUGGGCUGUUCCUGCAGGGUGGCUGGGACCUAGCCCCCCUUCCCCCACAUUGUAAAUAAACCCGAGAGCACCAAUCCUCAGCCCCCAUUCCAGGGGAGCCGCAGUGGGGUCUCCAGGCCUGCUGCCCAAGUCUGUCUGUCUUCUUGGUUUAUGCAAAGAUUUGCUGUAAAGUCUCUCUCUUUCUCUCUCUCUCCCCCCUCCCUUUUACUGUAAAUAUUGUCUCUAAUGUGUAACAUAUUAUAAAGAAUUUAUAAGGAUUUUUAAAGAUGUUUUGCUCAUUUUAAAAAGUGUUGUAACAGUGUUGGAUAAAGCCCCCACGUCCGCAUGGCUCCUCCCACCGUGUCCAUGACACACCUCUCUAGGCUAUAACUAAGAUUCCUGCUUCUGAAAGUCCUGUCUUAAAAGUACAGUCUAUAUCUUGGAAAUAAAUGGCCUUCCUCAGGCAUGAA